GGCUGCACCAUGAAAACACUCUCCAUUUGGGCUUUGGCAGCACUCUGCCUCUGCCUGGGCCAAGUGGCCUCCAGCGAAAAGCUGAUCAACUGCUAUUGGGGCACCUGGGCCAACUACCGUCCUGGCGAUGGCAAGUUUGUUCCCUCGGACAUUGAUCCCUCCCUGUGUACGCACAUCAGCUAUACCUUCUUUGGAAUCAGCGAUGCUGGCGAGUUCAAGUCUCUGGACACCUGGCUGGACAUGGACGAUGGACUGGGCUUCAUUAGCCAGACUAUUGCUCUGAAGCAGCGCAAUCCCAACCUGAAAAUAUUGGCUGUGGUUGGUGGCUGGAACGAGGGGUCUGCCAAGUACUCGGCCAUGGCUGCCGAUCCCGCUAAGCGAGCGACCUUCGUCUCCACCACUCUGGCCUUCAUCCAGCAGCAUGGCUUCGAUGGCCUUGACUUGGAUUGGGAGUAUCCUGGUCAGCGUGGAGGCAGCGAUGCAGAUCGCGAGAACUUUGUGACCCUGCUGCGCGAGAUCAAGGAAACCUUCGAUAAGCACGGAUUGGAGCUGGGCAUUGCUGUGGGUGCUUCUGAGAAGUCGGCUAGCAUUUCCUACGACAUUCCUGCCAUUUCCCAGCAUUUGACUUUUAUCAAUGUAAUGACCUACGACUUCCACAUGGCCUUCGAUGGAUACUUGGGUUUAAACGCCCCUCUGCCCGAGGUUACCGAGUCCAUUGACUACUGGCUGUCGCAUGGUGCCCCGGCCGAGAAAUUGAUUCUUGGCAUUGGCUUCUAUGGCCACAGCUACCAGAUGGCUGACAGCUCCAAGAACUGGCCUGGAGCCGAGUGCAUAGGCUCUGGAUCCGCUGGCCCGUACACCCGGGAAAGUGGUUUCCUCGGUUAUCAUGAGAUCUGCUUGAACAACUGGGAGACUGUCUUCGAUGCAGAGAACGGUGCGCCCUAUGCCUUCCAGGGUGAUCAGUGGAUCGGCUAUGACAACGUUCAGAGCAUCCAGAUGAAGAUGCAGUUGGUGGAGUCAAGAAAUCUGGGCGGUGCAAUGAUGUGGUCCAUCGAGACGGACGACUUCCGGGGCCUUUGCGGAGAAUCCUAUCCCCUGCUGAAGACGAUGAACCGCGCUCUGGGCAAGGACGUGAGCGGAGGAGGUGGCAGUGGAGGUGGAGGUGGAGGAAGCGGAGGUAGUGUCACUGCUGCUCCUACACCAACACCCAAUCCGGGUGGCAACGGCGGCGGCAGUGGUGGCAACGGAGGUGGCUCCAGCGAAAAUUGCUCUGAAAAUGGCUACUUCAUGCACAGCAGCGACUGCAAUAGGUAUUACCAGUGCGUUGACGGUAUCCGCUACGACUUCCAAUGCGGGCAAGGAUUGUACUUCAAUUCGCUUACCACGAAUUGCGACUGGGCGGCGAAUAAAGACCCGCCAUUUGAAGGCACCAUUAAUUUCAUCCCUUUCGGGAUGGCGUCCUUUGCCGUUGUUUUUACGUCCGCAAUUUUUCUGAUUGUCAGUUGCGCCGCAAAGCAGUAUAACAUAUUUUGCCAAUAUGAUUUGAAUUCUUAUUAUUAUAAGAACAUGAGUACGUUCUACUCGUGGCACAUCGAUACUAGACUAUGUACGCAUCUGGUUCUUGGUUCGGGAAUCGGUGUGGAUGAAGAAUCUGGAGCGCUAAAGAUAAAAAACAAGGAUCUCCAGGAGAAGGAUCUUCUAAUCCACGGCGAUAAACUGAAGUCCGAUAACGUCCAAAAGGUGAUUAUAUCUGUAGGCGGCUUUGACGAAGACUCCCGAAUAUUUUCCAAAAUGGUGGCCUCUGAGAACAAUCGAGAAGAAUUCACAAGCUCUUUGGUAACUUUCAUGUUGCAAAUGGGUUACCAAGGGGCUCAGAUCGACUGGCGUUAUCCCACGCAACGCGGUGGCCAGCCGGAGGACGUCUCGAAUUUCGUCCUCUUUCUAGAAGAACUGAGCUUGACCUUUCGGGAACAUAAGUUCCUAUUGAUGGUUGUGGUGCUGGGCAGAACCGACAAACAGACACUGGAGAGCUAUAAUAUACCCGGAAUAGUAGAAAACGUGGACUUCAUUAAUCUAAUGGUGGACGACGAGCGAGACAAGUACCGCAAGCGCCUAAGCUUCAUCUCUCCUCUUUUCGGAGGUACUAACAGCGUGGCCGCUGCUGUCAAGCACUGGAAGAGGGCGGGAAAGGAUUCGCACAAGAUCCUCCUCAACAUCCCAUUUUUCGGCCGCUCCUACACCAUGGACAAGAACCAGUCCGCCCUGGGGUCGCCCUGUAAUGGACCCGGCCUGCCGGGGAGAAAUUCCGGCAUUGUCGGCUUCACGACCUUCAACGAGUUUUGCACCCAAGCAUCGAAAUGGUCCAAGCACUUCGACAAGGUGGCCAAGGUGCCCUACGCCACCCGUGGCGAUCAGUGGCUGACCUACGAGAACUCGCACAGCAUUUGGGCAAAGAUGCACUUUCUGAAGAAGAACCAAUUGGGUGGCGCCAUGGCCUGGACAAUCGAUGCGGACGACGCAUUUGGCGUAUGCGGAAUUCGCUUCGGUUUGCUGAGUAACAUCUUCUCGGCUCUGGGCGAUGAGAAAAUACUUACCACCCAGGCACCGACCACGGAGGCCGAAGGCUUAUGCCCACGCAAUGGAUUCUUUCGAGACAAAUGGGAAUGCCGCUACUACUACGAGUGCCGCAACGGAAAACGUUUCGAGUACGAGUGUAUAUACGGUCAGUUCUUCGACGAGGCUAAGGGAUUCUGCCGACGCGCUGAGGAGGUCACAUGCAAUCAGGACUUUGUCAUUUGGCGACCGGGCAUGCCUGGUUACAGCUACGAGAACCUCCCGUUGAACCUCAAGGUCGUUGAAUAGGCUUCAAAUAUAAAAGAAUUAACGAUUUGCGGUUAAGCACUCAAAGGUGAA